CCCGCCCCCGCGCCCCGGACGUGCCCAGGCGCGCGCGGGCUCCUGUGGCGCUUGGAUUUUCCGCGCUCUCAGCUCCUCGGGGUCUGCGGCCUGGGCGACGCGGUGCCGGCGGCAUGGACGAGGCCUGCGACGUGCGCGGCGGGGCGGUGGACAGCCCGCUGGGGAGGAUCGAGAUCGCGGCGUGUGAGCGGGGUCUGCACGAGGUCCGGCUGCGCGGCCGGAAGACGCCGGACGCCGGGCCUGCGGCGGCCCCCGCACUUCCUGAGCUGCUUGGCCGUCCGGAGAAAAUGACGGAGCCCCUGGUGCAGUGCGCGGCCUGGCUGGACGCCUAUUUCCACGAGCCCGCGGCCCUCCCACGCCUCCCCUUGCCUGCGAUUCACCAUCCCAUUCUCCAGCGAGAUUCAUUCACCGCCCAGGUGUUGUGGAAGCUGCAGGAGGCCGUCAAGUUCGGAGACACCGUUUCGUACCAGCAGCUAGCGGCCCUGGCAGGCAACCCCAAAGCCGCGCGGGCAGUGGGCGGAGCCAUGAGGAGCAACCCUGUGCCCAUCCUCAUCCCGUGCCAUCGCGUGAUCUGCAGCAGCGGAGCCGUGGGCAACUACUCCGGAGGCCUGGCCACGAAGGAGUGGCUGCUGGCCCACGAGGGCCACCUGGCGGGGAAGCCGACCAGUCCCAGGGGUUCCCAUCCGGCUGGAACGCAGCUUGGGGCGCAGGGUGGCCGGAACUGAGGGUUUGCAGGCGGCCGUGUUGGAGCGGCACGCGCUGGCACCGUUGUAUUAAAGCUCUGGUCGUGUCCUGAGGGACGUGGA